GCUCCUUCCCGAGGCGCAGGGGGUUCGCGGGCCUGACCCGCCCUGGCCGCUCCGAAGGCGGUAGCCGCGCCGGCGCCGCGGAGAUGUGCUCCACCCCCGGGCUGCCCACGCCCGGGACCUCGCUGGCCCUGAGGGUGUCCUUCGUGGCCGUGCAUUCUGAGGUGAUCCCGGUGCAGCUCUGGGGGCUGGUGGGCGAGCGGCGGGACGAGUACCUGCGGCUGAGCCAAGAGAUCCAGGAAGCGGCGGCCACGCGCGGCCCGUGGGCGCUGGGCGGCGCCUCGGCUCUGCCCGGCGAGCUGUGCCUGGUGCAGGUGGGGCUCCGGUGGCACCGCGGCCGGGUGGCCGGCCGGCAGGGCCAGGACAGCCGCGUCUUCCUGCUGGACGAGGGCCGCACCGUCACGGCGGGCGCGGGCUCGCUGGUGCCCGGGCGCAGCGAGUUCUUCCACCUGCCCUCGGAGGUGCUGGGCUGCGUGCUGGCCGGCCUGGUGCCCGCGGGGGGCGGCGGCGGCAGGCCCCAGCACUGGCCGGCCAGCGCCCUGGCCUUCCUCAGCAGCCUGCAGGGCAAGGAGCUGCGCGGGCAGGUCCUGGACGUGCUGCUCCCGCACCGCCUGGUCUUCCUGGAGGUGCCCGCGCUGUUCCAGCAGAUGGAGGAGCUGGGCCUGGCCAGGCGGAUCCCGCACAGCCUCUUCCGCUCGCUGCUCAAACGCUACCUGCCGGCGGCGGCGGCCUCGGCCGGCCUGGGCUCCGGGGCCCCCGCCUUGCAGCGAGUCCUGCCCAAGCAGGAGCAGCCCAGCCUGGAUUACUUCUGCCCGCAGCUGCAGCUGGGCGUGACGGAGCCCAUGGUGGUGACGCAGGUGUGCCACCCCCACCGCAUCCAUUGCCAGCUGCGGAGCUUCUCGCAGGAGAUUCGCCGCCUCUCCGAGAGCAUGGCCCACAUCUACCGGGGUUCCGUGGGGACCGGGGAGGAGAACGACGCCAGUGCCCCCUGGGAGGGGGAGAAGGAAAGCCCGGACAAGUCGGGCUCUCCGUGUGCAUCCUGCGGGUUGGACGGACGUUGGUACAGGGCGGUCUUGCUCGAGACCUUUCGGCCGCAGCGCUGUGCCCAGGUGCUUCACAUCGACUUCGGCAGGAAGGAGCUAGUGAGCUGCAGCAGCCUGCGCUACUUGCUGCCGGAGUACUUCCGGAUGCCCGUGGUCACCUACCCCUGUGCCUUGUAUGGUCUCUGGGACGGUGGCCGCGGCUGGUCUCGGUCCCAGGUCGGUGGCCUGAAGGCACUGAUACUGGGCCGGGCCGUGAAUGCAAAGAUUGAGUUUUACUGCUCCUUCGAGCAUGUGUAUUACGUCACCCUCUAUGGAGAAGAUGGGAUGAAUCUUAACUGUGCCUUUGGGGUACAGUCCUGUUGCCUGAUUGAUAGAUUCCUUCAGAGCCCAGGAACAGAGGAGGAGGAAGAGGAGGAGGAGGAGGAAGAGGAGGAGGAGGAGGAAGAAGAGGAGGAGGAGGAGGAGGAAGAGGAGGAGCCCGAAUUAGCCCUUUACUGUCAGUCUCCUGCUGAAGAAGUGGAGCAAGAGCUUUCACUCCCAGCCCUGAGGUCUGUCCGUUUAAAGAUUAAUGCCUUCUAUGAUGCCCAGGUCGAGUUUGUUCAAGAUCCUUCUGAGUUCUGGAUCCGGUUGCGGAAACACAGGGGCUCCUUCCGCAAGCUGAUGAAGAGAAUGGGCAGUUUCUAUUCCUCGGCCAGGAAGUUGGAUGGGAUCGUUUUGAAACCGAAAUCUGAUGACCUCUGCUGUGUGAAAUGGACUGAGAAUGGUUACUAUCGGGCUGUGGUGACCAGAUUGGACGCCAAGAAUGUGGAUGUAUUCUUAGUUGAUCGAGGCAAUUCGGAGAAGGUGGACUGGUGUGACGUGAGGAUGCUGCUUCCUCAGUUCAGACGGCUGCCAGGAUUGGCUCUGAGGUGCGCUCUGGCUGACAUUUGGCCUGUGGUAGGAACCUGGAGCCAGGAGGCAAUUUCCUUUUUUAAAAAGACUGUGCUCCACAAAGAAUUAGUCAUCCAUGUCCUUGAUAAGCAGGAUAAGCAGUAUGUUGUGGAGAUUCUUGAUGAAUCAAGAACAGGGGAAGAAAACAUUGGUAAGGUAAUUGCUCAAGCUGGAUAUGCCAAGUAUCAGGAAUAUGAAACCCAGGAAAAUAUCCCUGGAGGUACCCACUCCCCAGAGCAUGUUUCAAACCAUUUCAGUGCUGAGAAGAACAAAAUACCUUCUGCCAAGGGAGAUAAUAAAACUACAUGUGUUUCAGAAGCUUUGGCAGACACAAUAGUUGGUACAAAUGUUUCAACGGGACUAGUUGUGCAGGGAAAAGAGAAAAGAAUGUCUGUUUAUUCUCCUCUUCUACAGAACUUGGAAAUUAAGCUAGGCUCUUCUUGUAAAGGAGAGAUAAAAAUUGGAAGCACAAUGGAAGUCAAAGUGUCUUAUGCUAAAAACCCUGGCUAUUUCUGGUGCCAGCUGACCAGGCACAGGCAAGAAUUUAAAGCUUUAAUGUGUGAUAUUCAGGACUAUUGCAAGAAUACCCCUACUCCUUACCAGGGAUCCACCCCCGCUUGCUUGGCAAAGCGAACAGCAAAUGGAAAAUGGUCCAGAGCUCUGAUCAGGAAUACACAAUCUCCAGAGAAUGUCAAAGUAGUAUUUGUAGAUUAUGGAGACAAAGAUGUGGUAUCUGUGAUGAAUAUUUGCGCAAUUAGUGAAGCAUUUCUCAAAGUUAAGGCUCAGGCUUUUAGGUGCAGUCUUUAUAACUUAAUUGAACCAACUGGCCAAAAUCCUUUUGCUUGGGGUGAAAAGGCAAUAAAAGUUUUCCGUGAAUUUGUAGUCAAUGCGUGGAAAGACAAUCUAGAAUUAAAAUGCACAGUAUUUGCCACUGCAUCAACAGGUGACGAGGAACUGUUUUAUAUCGUGGAUUUGCUAACACCCUUUCAGAGUGCAAGCCAUAUUUUGGUAGAAAAAGGACUUGCAAGACCAAUCAAACUUCCGAAGCUGCUGGGGUUCCCCAUUCAGCUAUGUUCUUACUACUAUUCAACACAUGAUAUAAAAAUCGGAAGUGAAGAAUUAGUGCUUGUAACACAUGUUGUUGACCCUUGGACAUUUUAUUGCCAGUUGGGAAGAAAUGCCCAUAUUUUAGAAGAGUUGUCCUGUUCUAUUAUACAAUUAAAUAAAACUUUGCUGAACAUUAAAAAAAAACCCUUGAUUCCUGGGGACUUGUGCCUUGCUAAGGAUACUGACAGAAAUUGGAGUAGGGGGAUAAUGAUAGAAAAAGACCCAAAUAAAGUCUUUUUUGUUGAUUUUGGCAACAUUCGUGUGGUAACAAAUGAUGAUCUGCUUUCCAUACCUAGUGAUGCAUGUGAUGUCUUAUUUUUGCCCAUGCAGGGCAUUAGAUGCUCAUUGUCUGAUAUUCCUGACCAUAUACCAGAAGAAGUGACAACAUGGUUUCAGGAGACUAUUUUAGGCAAGUUAUUGAAGGCUGUGGUUGUAGCCAAAGAUCCAGAUGGAGGACUGAUGAUAGAACUAUAUGAUGACAGUAUUCAAAUUAAUGCUAAUAUUAAUGAGAAGUUAGCGUUACUUGGUUACAAAGGUAGGGAACGAAAAAAAGAAGAAAGUGAAGUACUCUCUACAACAGAAGCUCUUGAUGUGAAAAAGAAAUAUAUGAAGUUGUCACCUAUGGAAUAUUUAAGCAAACAAGUAGAGAACAAGAUAUACAAUAUGGAGAUCCUGACAGAAUCAGACAAACCUAAGGGCAGCUCAGCAGGUAAGGAACUCAAACUUUCACAAAGUUCAACAAAGACAAACGUAGUCUCUCAACAUCGCAACUCUGUGGGGAAUGAAAAGAGUGAAGUGUCUUCAUUAAUAGAAAAGAAAGAAAAAAGGAAAGUCAUAGAACUAGAAGUCACUCCUUUAGAGAGAAAAAGAGGAGAUUCCUGUAACAAAAAUUUGCCUAUAAAAUUGUCCGAGUUUCCACAGAAGACUAUAAAGCCUGGCUUUAAAACAACUGUAUAUAUUUCUCAUAUAAAUGACCUUUCAGACUUUUAUGUGCAACUAACAGAAGAUGAAGCUGCACUCAGUCGUCUUUCAGAGAGAUUAAAUGAUGUUAGCAUAAAGCCCAAAUGUUAUGCAGGUCCUCCUUUGCAAAGAGGAGAUAUGAUAUGUGCCACUUUCCCAGAUGACAAUUUGUGGUAUCGUGCUGUGGUCAAGGAAAAACAACCCAGUGACCUUCUUUCCGUACAAUUUAUAGAUUAUGGCAAUGUUUCCAUGAUUCCUACUAACAAGAUAGGUAAACUUGACCUUGUUCAUGCCCUGUUACCAAGGUUGUGCAUUCACUGCUCCUUACAGGGACUUUGGGUUCCUGAGAUUCUACAUUGUAAAGAAAUGAUUCGUUACUUUUCUCAAAGGACAGACGAGGCUCCAAUAAAAUGUGAAUUUGUUAAAUUCCAAGACAGAUGGGAAGUUAUUCUUGCUGAUGAACAUGGGAUCAUAGCAGAAGAUAUGAUCAGCAGAUAUACUUUCAGUGAAAAAUCUGAAGUAGGACUUUCCAUCCAAAUAAUGAAUGGUGCCUUUUCCAAGUCGGCCAACAAAACAGAGAGUGGCACUUCAGUAUUUCUUAACUGGUAUAAUCCCAAGAUGAAAAUGAUAAGAGCUUAUGCCACUGUGGUAGAUGGACCUGAAUAUUUUUGGUGUCAGUUUGCUGAUACUGAGAAACUUCAGUAUUUAGAAGGAAGACUACAAAGUGCUGGAGAAUGGACAGCAGAUGGGAGAAGCUGUAUCUCGUGUCCUCAUAUUGGAGAUCCUUGCAUAGUGAGAUACAGAGAAGAUGGGCACUUGUACAGGGCACUUAUCACCAAUAUUUGCAAAGAUUCUCUUGUAUCUGUCAGGCUUGUGGACUUUGGGAACAUUGAAGACUGCGUGGACCCCAAAUCCCUCUGGACCAUUCCUUCUGAACUUAUGGUGAUCCCCAUGCAAGCCUUUCCCUGUUGUCUCUUGGGAUUUCAUAUUUCAGAGGGUGUGUGCCCUCAAGAGGGAAAUGACAUUUUUUAUGAAAUCGUAACGGAAGAUGUGUUGGAGAUAACAAUCUUAGAAAUAAAAAAGGAUAUUUGUGAUAUCCCUUUAGCAAUUGUUGACUUGAAAAGCAAAGGCGAAAGUAUUAAUGAGAAAAUGAAAAGGUAUUCUAAGAUUGGUAUUAGAAACAGUGAUCUGCCCUAUGAAAAAAAUGGCCCAGGGAUCAAGGGAACUCUUAGAUCCCCUGGUCCUGAUGUCAGACUUAAGAAACCAUGUAGUAAGGCCGGGCAAGAGAAAGCAUUAUAUGUGGAACCACAGACAGAUGAGUUCUCUGUAAGAAUUGAGAAAGACUUAAACAUGAUUGAAACCAAGCCAAAUAAAUUCCAUGACCCCAAAAUGGAUACCAUUUUUGAAGCUUUUGAAAACCCAUGCAAAGACAAGAUUGGCACUGAGGUCCUGGGAGGUCAAGUAGAGUGCCAUUUGGUUGACAAAGCAAAGUUUGAUGAUGAACCAAUGACAGGAUUGAAUGUGUUAUUACCGCGUGCUGAUGAAACAGAUGAGAUACUAGAACUGAAUUCACUUGAAAUGCUGCUUUCUCCUGAUGAUGAAUCAAAAGAAUUCGUGGACCUGGAAUCCAUGGAGUUACAGCAUUCCCUAGUCGGGGAUGAAGAAAAAGAAGAACCAGGCCUGGUGCCUCCUGUUGAGCCACUCCCCCUGGUCUGCGACACAGAAGCCACCCUGGAGCCCUUCACAGUGCAGCUGCCCCUCACUUGUGAGGCCGAGAAGCAGCCAGAACUAGACUUACCUACAGCCCAGCUGUGCCUAGAAUCCCUGUGUGCUGAGGACACGAGAGAGUCAAGCUGCGUGGAAUGGUGUGAUGACCAACAUAUGUUGCCAUUGCAUCUGCAUGGAAAGGAUUGUGAUCCCAAGACACAGGUAGAAAUGAACAUACAUAAAGAAGAAUUUACAGAAUAUAAACACAGAGAUGCCAUUUCCUCAUUGACGUCUCUGCUUUCUGAGGAAGAACCCAGAGAUGAGCAGAAACACGGUGCUUUACCAGAGGUCGCAGCUCAACCAGAGAACACGUACACUUUGAAAGGAUUUACUGUUGGAUCCAAAUGUGUUGUGUGGUCAAGACACACAUGGUCUAAAUGUGAGAUUUUGGAAAUAGCUGAAGAAGGUACAAAGGUUUUGAACCUUUCAAAUGGUAUGGAGGAGAUAGUAAACCCUGAGAAUGUCUGGAAUGGCAUACCAAAAUUGGAUAAGAGUCCAUCUGAGAAAAGGGGCCUGGAGGUCACAUAGAUUUAGCUGUGGAUCCAGUCAGAGCUGCUCUUAGACAAGAGGCGUGGCGUCCAGACCAAUGGAGUCUUUGAGCUCAUUGAGAGCCUGAAUCACAAGAAGUUGUCAUGCUUUGGAAACUUUGAUAUUUGUUGAAAACCAAAUAGAUCUCAGGUUGAGGGUGCAGUGUAUUUAUAGUCAUAUUGCUGAAUGUAUAUGGAUCCGGGAUCUUUAUUUUGCUAACCAAUUUACUAACACAUUAGGUCAUAUUUUUAAAAAUUGUUAUUAUUUUUAAAAUAUAGUGUUUAAAUUUUAAAAAAAUAUAGGUUUAUGACAAGUAUAUUUUAUGAUGCUACUUAGGAGGAUGGUUUUGUAACUACUUCAGGAUUUUUGUUUUUAUUUCAGAAGCUUUGUCUUCUCUGUCUAAAUAUUUGACUAGUUGCCUGUUUGAAAUUGGAAGU